AUGGUCGUCAAGGUCGGCAUCAACGGUUUCGGCCGUAUCGGUCGCAUUGUCUUCCGCAAUGCCAUUGAGCACGAUGACAUCCACAUCGUCGCUGUCAACGACCCCUUCAUUGAGCCCAAGUACGCUGCUUACAUGCUCCGCUACGACACCACCCACGGCAACUUCAAGGGCACCAUCGAGGUUGACGGUGCUGACCUCGUCGUCAACGGCAAGAAGGUCAAGUUCUACACUGAGCGCGACCCCGCUGCCAUUCCCUGGUCCGAGACCGGUGCCGACUACAUUGUCGAGUCCACUGGUGUCUUCACCACCACCGAGAAGGCCUCCGCCCACUUGAAGGGUGGUGCCAAGAAGGUCAUCAUCUCUGCCCCCUCUGCUGAUGCCCCCAUGUACGUUAUGGGUGUCAACAACGAGACCUACGACGGCUCCGCCAACGUCAUCUCCAACGCCUCUUGCACCACCAACUGCUUGGCUCCCCUCGCCAAGGUCAUCCACGACAACUUCACCAUCGUCGAGGGUCUCAUGACCACCGUCCACUCCUACACCGCCACCCAGAAGACCGUCGAUGGUCCUUCCUCCAAGGACUGGCGCGGUGGCCGCACUGCUGCUCAGAACAUCAUUCCCAGCAGCACUGGUGCCGCCAAGGCCGUCGGCAAGGUCAUCCCCGACCUCAACGGCAAGCUCACUGGUAUGGCCAUGCGUGUCCCCACCGCCAACGUCUCCGUUGUCGAUCUUACCGCCCGCAUCGAGAAGGGUGCUACCUACGAUGAGAUCAAGGAGGUCGUCAAGAAGGCCUCUGAGGGUCCCCUCGCUGGCAUCCUUGCCUACACUGAGGAUGAGGUUGUCUCUUCCGACAUGAACGGCAACCCCGCCUCCUCCAUCUUCGAUGCCAAGGCCGGUAUCUCCCUCAACAAGAACUUCGUCAAGCUUGUCUCUUGGUACGACAACGAGUGGGGCUACUCUCGCCGUGUCCUUGACCUCAUCUCCUACAUCUCCAAGGUCGAUGCCAAGAAGGCCUAA